ACACUAUUUGUUCACGUGACCGGACAAAAUGGAGGAUAUAUUUUUGCGGAAGUCCGUCAGCAAAAUAAUAAAAUACUUAAAGUGAUUAGGCCUAGAUAUUUGCGUCUUAUAUUAACACCAAAAUGUGGGUAAAACCUGAAGAGGUACUACUCACAACCGCGUUAUGGGUUACAGAGAGAGCCAAUCCAUAUUUCCUGUUACAACGUAGGAAGGGUUAUGGAGGUGGAGGGCUCACAGGUCUGCUGGUUGGAACACUGGACACUGUCCUUGAUAACAAGACUCCACCUUACAGAAUUCUUCACAAAACACAAGAGUCAGAAGUUAGUUAUUCUGUGUCAGUAGCAAACAAUAAGACUGACAUCACAAGAGACUGGGAAUGGAUAGAACAGAACCUCAUGCAAACACUUGGUGCAUUUGAAGAUGAGGAUCAGGCUACAGAAUUUGUGCGGUGUAAGAUCGAGAGCAUGAUUGCCAACAAGACAGAGAAUGUGGUAGAGGAUGAGGAAACAAAGAGCUUUAAAUCGGCCACCCGAAAAUUCAUGAAAUUGUUCAAUAUGCCUCCUGAGGAAAAGCUAGUCAACCACUACUCCUGUAGUUACUGGAAGGGCAAGGUCCCCAGACAGGGAUGGAUGUACCUGAGUGUGAACCACAUGUGCUUCUACUCCUUCUUGCUGGGCAAGGAGGCCAAGGUCAUCGUCCGAUGGACCGAUAUCAUGAAACUUGAGAGAGGCAACAACAUGAUACUUCCAGAAAGUAUUAGGGUUUCAACUCGUGAUUGUGAGUAUGUGUUCUCGAUGUUCAUGCAAAUCGGAGAGACGUAUAGGCUGAUGGAGCAGCUGGCCAACAUGGCCAUGAGGCAGCUGAUGUUGGAGGGAGGUUUCGAGGAGGACAAGACCAUCCUAGACAGAACUAAGAAAAAGACUCCCAAGAAGAUGUCAAUGAUAAAGCGAGAUCUUGAUGCACGGGCUCGAAGUGAUGCUUAUAGGCUUGCAUUCAGUCUGCCUGUAGAAGAGAAGCUUGAUGGAGACACAGACUGUGUGAUGUUAACGCCUUACAACAAGCAGUAUGUGUGGGGGAGAUUGUAUAUCUCACAGAACUAUGUCUGCUUUGCUAGCAGGGUUCGAGGCCUAGUUACCAUGAUAAUACCUCUACGGGAUGUGAACACUGUGGAGAAAUCAGAACCGUUCCCACCUGGACCUGUACAGUCUACAGCCAUUGUGGUCACAACAAAAAGCAAGAUGAAUGUGAUGUUCUCACAGCUGGGUCAGCGUGACCUGAUCGUGGAGAAGAUCUCGGACUGUCUCUCACGGCAACCCGGCCACACCCCUCCAGGCAGGCUGGUCUCCAUGGUUUCUGUGACAGAAACUGGUGAGGAAGUUCAGUUCCAGCCAGCUCUGGUCAGUCUAUUUUGUCGACGGGGGUCGGAUGAACUUACAGCGAAAGAAACCAUCAAGGAACAUUUAUGGGAUGUGUACUUCACAGAAUAUGGCAGAGGCAUGGUGAUGUACCGCACGCACAAGACCAAUGAGCUCAUGCUGAAGGGUCUGCCAGAGAAGUACAGGGGGGAAAUGUGGAUGCUUUUCUCAGGAGCUCUCAAUGAGCUGAACACCAAUCCUGGUUACUAUGCAAACCUGGUUGCCCAAAGCUCUGGAAAAUACACAAUGGCAACCGAGGAGAUUGAAAGGGAUUUACACAGGUCUCUUCCGGAGCAUCCUGCCUUUCAGUCUGACCUUGGAAUAGGGGCCCUACGAAGGGUUCUCACCGCUUAUGCUUGGAGGAAUCCCACUAUAGGUUACUGUCAGGCUAUGAACAUAGUGACCAGUGUGCUGCUGCUGUAUACCAGUGAGGAGGAGGCGUUCUGGUUGUUGGUCGCGCUCUGUGAGAGGAUGCUGCCAGACUACUACAACACCCGGGUUGUAGGGGCACUCAUAGACCAGGGGGUGUUUGAGGAACUGAUCAAGGAGUACCUGCCAGACCUGCAUGUGAAGCUCGAGACCCUCGGACUGCUCAGCAUGAUCAGCCUCGCCUGGUUCCUCACCAUCUUCCUGAGUGUGAUGCCCUUUAACUGUGCAGUAAACAUUCUUGAUUGCUUCUUCUAUGAUGGGGCAAAGGUUAUUUUCCAAGUAGCGUUGACCAUCCUGGAGACCAAUCGCGAGGGUCUGAUGCAAUGUAAGGACGACGCUGAGGCCAUGCCUAUACUGAGUGUGUACCUAGAGAACGUGUCCAACCGGGACACCACCAUGCCUACGCUGAAGCACACCAGCCUCAUGAGCUCCAACAUCACUGCUAAACUGCCGUCGGUUGAUGUCAGUGACCUCAUAGAGGAGAGUUAUCGCAAGUUUGGCACCCUGUCCAACCAACACAUCGAGAACCUGCGACUGAAGUUCCGCCUGCGGGUGGUGCAGAAUAUAGAGGACCACACGAUGAAGAACAUCCUGCGCAGCGUGUCUGAGGUCUCUGUCAUCAAGGGCAGGGAAUUGGAGGACCUCUACAUGCUCUUCAAGGAGGAGUACCUGACCUCGUGUUACUGGCGCACCAGCCAGCAGCCCACCGACACUCCAGACAAGUACGACUCCUCCCGUCCUUACUACGAGCUGUACAAGGUGGACUUUGACCAGUUCAAAACCAUGUUCCUUUCCCUUUCUCCUUGGGCUAGGGGUCAAAGGGCAGGCACAAUGGCUCUCAGGGCAUUCAGGUACAUCGACACAAAUGACGACAACAUGGUGAACUUUAAGGAGUUUGUGGACCUGUUGGGCCGGAUGUGCAAGGGAGACUACACACACCGCCUGCGCCUGCUGUAUGAGCUGCACCAGCCCCCGUGUCUGAGGGACACUGACACUGACGAGGAUGAGGUCCAGUCUCCCACUAAAUCUGAUGCAACAGAGAGUGCUUGUGAAGCCACAGACUUUUUUGAUGAGGAGAUGUCUACUCCAACAACAGAAAACCUCGAUGACAUUGAGUUACCCAGUGUCCCCUCAUACCCGGAGCUGGGGGAGGAUGAGGACUUGAACCUUAUAGACAAGCUGAUAGCAACACCGCCCCAGGACAUACCAGGGGAGGCGAGUCAGGCAGGCCAUGGGGUCCCAGUUACCUCCCCUCUCCAGUCUCACAGUGUGGUCUCAAGCCUCACUGACUCUGAUCCUCCCAGUCCCAUAGAGAGGGCAGUGCCUGCAGGGGCAAGUAGGCAGGGGAUGGAGGGGGAGGUGAAGAGUGAGGAAAGUCAGCCUGUCCCUAUAGCAGGUUCUGGGGGCAUUUCAGGGAGUCAGCAGGUGUCCCAGAGCCCAAUGGGUGUGUUCCACGUAAGGAGAAACCUCAUUCGGGAGAGGUCUGGCAGCAAGGAAGAAUUCCGCAACAUUCCCAGGCUCAGUCAGACCCAGUUUAUUCAAAUGUGGAAGACGCUCUAUGACAUGUUCCGAGGUGAUCCAAAAGAACAGGAGCUGUAUCAUGGUAUUGCCACUGUAGGAACUCUUCUACUAGAAAUAGGGGAGGUAGGAAAGAAGUUUUACCUUCAAAAAGAAGAGCUUGCCUCCUCACUCACUGAUAGUAUGAAGACACCAGACUCAGAUGUUUCACUAGCAGAUGAAUUAAGUUUGGCAAAAGGGGGUGAAGAAAACAAUGAUGAUGUUGCUGACGGCAGGACUGAUAGCAUUGGAAAGAGACUUGAAAAUAUUGGCAUCCAAAGUGAUGGAAAAAUCGAAAACUUGUCUGGCAAAGAUCCAGAAUCUUUAGUAUCAGAUUUGAUGUCAAUCGUUUCAGAGAAUAGUCAAAAAGAUGUUGGGCCCAUUUUAGGAAGUCAAAGGACAACGUCUGUAUCAUCCACAAAGGUUGAUGCUGAUUGGUCUAUUUCUUUUGAACAGUUCUUAGCCUCCAUGUUGACUGAGCCUGCUCUGGUGCAAUUCUUUGAGUCCACGGUGGAUUUGCAGGAAGCGGUCAACAGAACUAGGCACCGUCGGCUACUUAUGAGGCAGGCUAGUGCUCCCUUCUCGCCAGUUCAGAAGUAAAACUGUGUACCGGCACUGGAAAUGUGGAAUUUCCGCUGAAAUCUUUUCCUAGUAUGAUAACAUGCUUAAACACACGGUUUCUUAAACAAAAGUUAUUGAUAUUACGUUUUUUUUAGACUAUAUCAAGAGUUUGUAGUCUUCAGUAGUAAUUAAUGAAUUUACAUAUCUUUUUAAAUCGUAACAAAUUAAGGUUUGAAUCUGUGCUGUCAGUAUUUUCUCUCCUGAUUAAGUUUAGAAGUCUUCCAUCAUAUAAGAAGUUAAUUUUCCCUUUUUCUUGAUUUGGUAUCAAAUUAUAUAACUUUCUAAUAUACAUAAUUUGUAUCAUCUCAUUUCUACUACAUAAAAAACAAUACAAAAGAACUGGCUGGUAUAUUUUAUUUUGGUCUACUCUUGGUUUUAGUUUAAGUGUAAGUUUGUUAAAUAAAAAAUUAUUUCUUAAAAAGAAAUCAAUUUGAAAAACUUGUGGUGAAGCUUUUUGUUUCGUUUAAUAUUUAUCUAAGUGCAAUUUGCAUAUAUGUUGUAAAUGUAAAUGUCAUGGCAUUAUUUAAAACCAUGUGCAAUUUAUUUGAUAUUGUUUCUUGUACAAUUUGAACUUAUUUUGUAUAGUGAAAAACAUUUAAAAAAAAUAAAAGCUAUUCAUUAA